AUGAGUGAAGAGUUGCCUCUCAUUGAGGCGCAUGCGAAAUCUCCGAGCUCAAUUAUUAUUGUGAAUGUUGGCGGAAGACGGGCAAGAUUGAAUCCUGAAAUUAUCACACGACGAUUAGCUACUUCGCGACUUGCAGUCUUUUGCGAGAAGAGUCAUGUUGAGCGAUUAACAGACUGUGAUGCUUACUUCGAGUCAACUGCCGAAUAUUACUUCGAGCGUUCUCCUAUCAUUUUCGAGUAUGUAGUCGACUUCUAUACUACUGGAAAGCUUCAUCGUCCAAUGGAUAUCUGCCCGAUUCGUCUUCGAUACGAACUCGAUUAUUGGCGAAUACCGACACCAUUUAUGUCGCCAUGCUGUGUUCUUGAAGAAAACAACAACGUAACGUCUCGAAUUCAAGGCGAAAAAGCUUAUGUCGACUCAUCAAUGCCUUCGUCUAGUUUCGAGAAAGUCGUUCUUGGACCGCAACGGCUUAAGCUUUACCGUCUUAUGGAAAAUCCGCGAUCAUCUUUUGGAGCAAAAGUGUUCUCGAUUAGUUCUGCAGCGUUCGUGCUUCUAUCGCUUCUCGGGCUUGUUUUGAGCUCGAUGCCCGAAUUGCAAGACGCUCAUAAAGAGCCGCAUUAUCUCUUGAGAUGGCUGGAAUUAUUGUGCAUGGUGUACUUCACCAUCGAAUAUAUUGCCCGGUUACUUGUUAAUCCCAAGAAGGCCGAAUUCAUUCGAUCACCUUUAAACGUCAUUGAUCUUCUUACCGUAUUGCCAUUUAUGAUCGAAGCGUUCAAUGAACUCCAAUGGAUGAAGGAAUUUCGAGGAGCAAUGCUUGUCGUUCGUGUAAUGCGACUCGCUCGUGUUGCCAGAAUUUUCAAACUGGCACGAUACAGUACCGGAUUACGUGCGUUUGGAGAAACGAUGAAGAAAAGUGCAGCCGAGUUGAGUAUGCUCGGAAUGUUUCUUGUCACUGGAAUAAUGCUAUUCUCAACAGCGAUUUACUUUUUCGAAAGAGAUGAACCCAAUUCGAAAUUUUAUAGCAUUCCAGCGGCAUGCUGGUGGUGUGUUAUCACGAUGACAACAGUUGGAUAUGGAGACUUGGUCCCAAUAACUGCAGGCGGAAAAGUUGUUGCUGCCCUCGCAUCGGUUUGUGGAAUCAUCGUACUCGCAUUCCCUAUUUCAAUGAUAAUCGAUAAAUUCGCCGAAUCGACUGGCGGAUGGUCGGGCGGCCCUGAAACAGAAGAUGAAGAACACGGACGCCACAAUGGUGGCCCACCAGCAAAGAAGAAAAGCAAACGAUAUGUUGGAUUUUAA